AAGUGAAUUUUUGCAUGUUUAACCACACCGCUUAACCUCAGAAUCACCCGAACGCUCUCUUCUUUUCUUGGCUCUGAGUUCUGACCCUUUAGGUUUUUUUUUUCUUUUCUUUUCUGGGGUUUGAUUACGUUUUUUUUAGGGUUUCCAAGUUUGAGAAUUUUUGGGGAAGAAGAAGAAAGAAGAAGGGAAUGACUAUUAUUGUUGGAUUGGACGAUCUUUCGAAAGCACUCAUCGAUGCUGGCAAGAAUCUUCUUAGCCCUCCUCCUUCAACUGACGAGCUUCUUACUCUUCUCGAUGAAACUGAGUCUCUGCUUAGGAAUGUGGACCAGGAUCCACCCUUGUCAAUGCAAAGUGCCCUUUUGCCAUCGAAGAGUGCUUUGGUAUCGGUUGACCUUUUAAGCCAUCCUGAUUCUGAUGUUAGGGUUUCAGUUCUGUCCUGCUUAACUGAAAUUGUGAGGAUUACUGCCCCAGAAGCUCCUUACAGUGAUGAUCGAAUGAAGGAUAUCUUCAGGUUGACAGUUGAAGCUUUUGAGAAACUAGCUGAUGCGUCGUCCUCUCGCAGUUAUAGGAAAGCAGUGUCUGUUCUUGAUAAUGUUGCAAAGGUCAGAUCAUGCUUGGUGAUGUUGGACUUGGAAUGCUAUGACCUCAUCCUGCUUAUGUUUCAGAAGUUCUUGAAAAUCAUAAGACCUGCUCAUCCUCAAGUGGUGUUUUCGUCAAUGGAAAUGAUAAUGAUUACAAUAAUUGAUGAAAUCGAAGAAGUAUCCACGAAUCUGCUUCAUAUACUCUUAGCAAGUGUCAAAAAGGAAAAUCAGAAUGUUUUACCAAUGUCUGGGAGUCUUGCGGAGAAGGUUCUUAGUAGAUGUGCGCGUAAACUUAAACCAUAUAUCAUCGAAGCUUUGAACUCUACAGGGACCAGCUAUGAUAUGUAUUCUCCAGUAGUUUCUUCCAUAUGCCAGAGUGAUUUUGACACUACGGAAGUCCACAAUAUAGUUAACACCAAAGAAAAUGAGGCAGCUGAACCGAUGUUGGGGAGACGAGCAACCACAAGUGGUUCACUAGAGGAGAAACUGGGUUUGGGGCAUUCUCGCAAGGAAAAUCUUUCUAAAAGUAGUUCAAAGAGACCUGCAAGAGAUGGAACCAGACGAAUCAAUGAAAAGGACAAAGUUAGAAAUGGAAACAAUUCUAGUUUGUUGAAACAGAGUCUGAAGCAAGUGCGGUCUGAAAGUACUGAUGCAGAAACAGAGUUAGGAGUUACAGGGAAGAGAGGACGGAAACCCAAUUCUUUGAUGAAUCCUGAGGAUUAUGACAUCUCGUGGCUUUCCGGAAAAAGAGAUCCUUUCAAGACGACUUCAAACAGAAAGAUCCAUAAAAGACGAUCUGCGGGAGAAUCAUCACUUGGAAAGGUGGCUGCUAGGAAAACACCCCUGCUUAAAGAAACUUCCCCAGCCACUAGUAGGUCUCUGACGGGUUCCCUUAAACGAAGCCGGGUGGAUGAGAGUGAUUAUGAUUAUGAUUCUGAUUCUCUUUCUUCACCGAGGUUGAAGAAAUUGGCAGCCUGCUUCCGGGAUGAAGAGCCUCCUAAAAAAGAAUCAAACCAAGAGGAAGAUGACAGAAAGAUUGGAAACUCCAGCAAAAAGAUUAGGUCCCAAAAUGGUCUAGAGAAAAGUCAGAAAACGGCUCAAAAGAGUCCAAUUGUUGAAGCUAAGAUUCUAAAUCCCAGUGGAAAGAGAUUAUCAGUUCGCUCGGAUGCUAAGAGAAAGAAUUUAGAACGUGCAUCCCGAGACACUCCUGUUCCACAGUCAUCAAAGAGAAAGAAGAUGGUUUCUCAAGUUGCAGCUAGAAAAUUGUCAGACGAAUCUGAAGAAACUCCAAAGAGCCAUCCGACAAGGAGGCGAACAGCGAGAAAAGAAGUGGAGUCUGAUACAAACGGCUUUGGUGAGGAUUUGGUCGGUAGGAGAGUUAAUAUCUGGUGGCCACUCGACAAGACUUUUUAUGAAGGCGUCAUAGAUUCUUAUUGUACUCGCAAGAAGAUGCAUCGGGUAAUAUAUUCUGAUGGAGAUUCAGAAGAGCUUAAUCUCAGUGAAGAACGCUGGGAGUUACUAGAGGAUCACAUUAUUGACGAUGAGCAGGAUAAGGAGGUUGAUCUGCCAGAGUCCAUUCCUUUAUCUGACAUACUGCAGAGGCAGAGAGUCAAGAAAAGCAAAAACGUGGCAGUGUCUGUGGAACCGACUAGUUCCUCAGGUUUAAGAUCCUCCAGUAGAACACUUCAUAUGAAGAAGGAAACUGGCAAAAAGUUGAAGAAACAAGUUGAGAAAACAAGAGAAGGAAAGAAUGUAAGAUCGUUGAGAGAGUUGAAUGCUGAAACUGACAGAACAGCAGAAGAGGAAGAGGAAGUGAGUCUAGAAGCUGAAUUAGACAGAAGAGAAGAGCAGGAAUGCGAAGAUGAUUGUAGCGAGAAGCAAGAACAAUCUGAACACAAUGGUGUAGAAGCUGAAGCUGAAGGUAAGGAAGAGGAGAAACAAUUCGCAAAUUCAGAGAUUGAGAGUGAGAGCGAGGACUCGGAGUCAGAAGAAGAGCCGAAGUGGAGAGAAACAGAUGAUAUGGAGGACGAAGUAGAAGCGGAAGAAGAAGAAGAGAGAGGAGAGGUUGAUGAGAAAGGGGCAAACACAAGCUUUUCAGAGAUUGAGAAAGAAGAAGAAGAGAGAGAAGAGGUUGGCUUUUCAGAGAUUGAGAAAGAAGAAGAUGAAGAGAAAGAGUCAUGAAAGAGAGUUAUACAGUUAGGGCAUUGUAAUCAAAAACCAUUUCAGAAAGAUUCUUUCUGCUAGACUCUUUGGUUUUUUCUUUCUUUGUAGAUUGUUAUAUUACUUACUAUACCACAAACUAGUUUGAGAUGCCAUCACUUUGUUUGUGUUUGUGUCUAAUAAAGUUUCUUGAGAGUUUGACAUU